AUGUUAAUGUGCGCAUACAUCCACCUAUACACCACUCUGGUUGAGAUUGGGGAUGAGGGCUCCGAUAUCGAGUGGAUGGUCAUGGAGGAGGCAGAACGGCUGCGGGGCACACCCACGUUCGCACCGCUGUCGGGCAAGGAGGAGAUUAUCGGUGGGAGCAUGCCAGUGGACGACGUCGAGGUGUGGGACAUGCCGGAGAACGAGGGCGCGUUCGUCGCGCGGUUGCGCAUCCCGCUCUUCCAGAUCCGCAUGCGUGUGUCCGAGUCCAUUGCGCUCGAGUUCAUCGCGAAAGGCCUCAUGUGGGAGCUUUCACACAUCGUUGCCUCGGAGAACGAGCGGACGCGGCGGAAGCUCGGCCACUCGUCCCAGCACUUGCACAAGAUUCCCACCGCAAUCCGGCUCAAGCACGUCGCGUGA